CCACGUCUGGUGAUAGUGGCACUAUUCUGGUACCCGGGUGCCCGCAGACGGAAACUUGCCAGUGCCUCCCCCGCGGCCUGCCACUCCUGCCCUGACCAGCGACCAGCCAGCACGGGGCUGGCUCCCACACCUCCCACCACUUGUGUAACGGAGCCAAACACGUAUCAAAACAUAAACCAAUCAUUAGUCCGUCGCGACAGUCAACCGCGAAGAAAAAUAUAUUGAUGAAAAAUCUCAUUGAAAUAAAAUAAAGCAAAAGGUGAUUUAAGCAGUGUGAACAUUUUGACCCAAUCUUGAAAAGUAAAGACAGAUCUGGGUUGGGUGCGUGACACUCACGCUGGUGGACGAUUACCCCGGCGGCGUGACUGUCGCUGGUGAGGCCAGGCCCUCCCUCCCUCCCGGCGCACCUCUCCUGGUGACACCCGCAUCACCACAUCCUACUCUCCCACGACUCCCGCACCUCUGGCCAGCCCCAAGUGUCUCCAGCAGCUUCCACAGGAGCAGCGAUGCGUCGGUGCUGCUGGUGCUGCGUCAGCCUCCAGAAGGGCGUCGUGGCCAUCGGUGUCUUCGGAAUGGUGUGUGCGAGCGUGCUGACGGUCGGGUACGGGGCGGUGGCGGUGACCCUGGAGGAACACGUCACCGCCUGCAGGCAAGGUCACGCCCGCGACCUGCUGGGGCUCCUGCCCUCCUGUCAUGACCUCUCCGACACCGCUACGCUGCUGGCAGCUCGAAUCUUCGUAUACAUCCAGGUGAGCGUGUGGGUGCUCUUCCUCGGCUUCUCCAUCCUCCUGAUUGUUGGUGCCGUCAAGGAGCGCGGAGGGCUGCUGGUGCCGUGGUUGGUGCUGUCUGUGGUGGUGAUGGCGGCGGUGGUGUGGUCGGGCGUCCGAGCCGCCCUCCAGCACCGCACUCUCGACCUCCUCGCUUCUGUUCUGGCCGUCGCCGUCUGCACCUACUGCUGCCUCGUCGUCCGCUCCUACUCCAGACUCAUCAAGAAGGAAGCUCUAAUCCCCGUGCUCGUGCCUUCAACAUUCACGCACACCCGCAUGCUCUGUGAGAACCCCUACGCCCACACGGGGGAGAGGCGGGAGCUGCCGCCUGCAUACACAGCGUACCCCCGCCCACCCACACCCGACAAGAAGGGCCCCCCGCCCACUGGCCUGGGUUUCAAGAUAUGAUGACAUGGCACAGUUGUUCAUGAAGCCAAGAACAAUAACAUUAACGCAUGGAAUAAUAAUUCGAUACUGUUAUAAAACAUCACUUUUGAACAUUUUCACAAUGAACAUAUUGGAUUAUUUUUUUGUUUUAAAACUAAUAGGAAACAGCAUUAAAAGCUCUGAAAGUUUGAAUGAUAUUUUUUGCUUUUAUAUAGUAAUCUAGCUAUAGAUGAAUUAUCAGGCUUUUCACAUGGGAUAAUACUGAAUGCGUCUUAUCGUAUCCUGGUAGGACAGGAGAGGACAAGGGUAAAUGCCAUUGUAAGUAGCGAUAAGACAUAACUUGUAGAUACCCAACCCACAUACCUGAAAAUAUAGACGUGGCGACGUUUUGGUCCUCCUUUCUAAUGGUCCAAGACGGUGUUGGGAUCGAACUUCCUGCUGUGGAGCAGCAACCAACACAUGCGUACUAGUAGAGAUACCAUUUAUGUACCAACGAGGUCUUAUUUCAUAUAUUUUAUGUCAGGAGUCAGUCAGCCAGCCCCCAGCCUGGCCCAUCGUCGGGUGCGACACAAGUUCAAGUUCAAGUAUGUUUAUUGAGACAAGAAAGAGAUAAAUCUCAAAGGGGAUAGAGUAGCUUAGGCUAUUUCUACCCCCUAAGGAUGCGACACAUUAUAAGGCUGGGCCCUGACCUUGACCAAGAUCUAGAAAUCUUUGGGAAAAAUGAACCAAGGCAACUACCUCGUCUGUAUUAUCCAAAGACAAAUAUAGUAUUAUCCAAAGACAAAUAUAUAUUCCAACGGCAUGUGCAACAUAUACACAUGUUAAUUCACUAUACAUGUCAAUCCAUUGCCGUCACUAGGCAGUAGGUCUUCUAUGACGUAUCAAUAAAGACUUAACAUUUCAUAUUUUUGCACUAUUUCACGGUCUACAAAAUUUCAGGAAACUUCCUCAGGCGCCUCCGUGAACGCCGGAGGAAACUCUCAAACGCCUAGUGCGUCGAGUCAACAAACUGUAUUCCGGAGUGGAGCACUGCUUAGGUCGAUUAUGUCGUGAACUGCCAGCCGUCGAUGGAGAGAGUGGAGCACUGCUUAUGCCCAAAUUUAUCUGUGCACUUAUUGUCUCGGUCGGCGACUCUGAUUGGCUACCAGAAUUCUAGCCACCAGACGAGCAGUGCUGGUCCAAACAACACCCGCGGCUGUUGUCCUGACUCCUUCUGUAAUAGUUUAAUACACUAUAAUUUUAAAUCACAAUUUUAAUCUUAACUUGGUGCGACGAAUUAACACGUCCUGAUACUUCUCCCUAACAACGGACCGAAACGUCGUCGCUUCCUUUAUUUUCAGAUGAGUGGGUUGGGUUUAGCUACGUUUUUGUGUCUUGCUGUCUGCACAUGCAUUGUGCUGUGGAGCAGCGCAGGAGAAAUUUACGAAGCCCGUCAGUGGAGUGUCUUGUGCUAUAGCGAGACGCAAGAGAGGGCCUUGUGCCAGACAGCAAGACACAAUAACGUUUUGCAUACAGCAAAGCCAAGAUAAUUAUAAAUCAGCAACACCUGCAGGAGCGUAUGACCCAAUCUGGUCUUGCAACUACAAUGUAAAUUCACGGGCCACACUGAGUAGAGGUAGACAGAGGGCCACACUGAGUAGAGGUAGACGGAGGGCCACACUGAGUAGAGGUAGAUGGAGGGGAAGUUGCAAGCGUGUCUGAGAAAGUUGAUAGGGUACAGACGCUACAGAUGUGAGCAGUGUAGACUCCACCGGUUGUGUGAGCGGCACAGGUACAAUGUAUUCAGCAGAUCUCAUAAUCAUAAUAAAAUUUUCAUUUGACUGCAAAAAGUACAAUAAAUCUUGAAGCACAUUGGGUUAAAGUGACAGAUAUUCGUGCCUGCUACACUCCCGUGUCCCAGCACACACUCCUGGCUGGCGUUAAGUGAAGUACACUACAAUAUUGGGUUACGCUGGUGUUGCUACAAGGAGAGACGAAGCUGUAGUAAGGACUUAAUCAAGUCUGAACGUGGCUAGCAGAGUAGUUUUGACAUAGUUAGUGUUGGAACAUUUAGUCACUGUGGACUUCAUAAAAUAUAUACACUGUCUCAUUUGACAAGUUGGUUCUGUCUCUAUUGUAGUCGUACGCCGUUGACAGUAGGUCUUAGUGUGAGACCUGUCGCCUGCAUUGUUUGAUGAAAUGCAGUGUUGUUUUGAAAGGAAUGUCACGUUAAAAUAUAUUAUAUAUAUUUUUAUAUAUUUUAUAAAUAGUUUGUCAGUAGACAGUACGUAUAUGAUUAACAAAAGAAGGUCCCAAGUCGGGAAGACUUUUUAGCAUUAGUAGACAGUAAAUGAUUGCCAUGAUCCGAAUGCACUCAGUUGUGAACUCAACAUAUGUAGCGAUUGGUCUAUUUUCAUAAGAUUUCAAUUUUAUUCAUAUCUUACAGCCAGUUCCGCCUCUCUCUUGACACUCAUGACGAGGACCUUUAUUACCAUACAAGAUCCUCGUCGUGAACCCUUAAGUGCCUAUCUACGAAACCUGUACAUCUUUCUAUAUAUCAUAGCAGCUUAAUUUGCAUUUCUGAAACGGUUUAUGAGCUCCGAAGCCCUACGAGGCUGUCUAUAACAAUAAUAACCUUGGAUUACGAAGUUUCAAAGCUCCAGACUGUUUAAUACAUACAGAUUAAGCUGCCAUGGUUGAGGAAAGAUAUUGAGAGGUCGUAAGUGGACAUUUAAAUGCUUCAUAAAUCCUGGUUAUGUUAAGCUUCUUUGCGGAAGGAUGGUAACAAUGGAGUCCCCAAUUUACCAAGCGAGCCUCGACUCCAUAACCACUCGACGAGGUUAUCGAACACUGAAGUUAUCGAACGAUAACGAGGUUAUCGAACAACUCUUUCCCACUCAAGAGUUGCAGACACACCGAAGAGAAUGAACCGGGAUGAGAUUGUAUAUAUUUUUAAUAAAACAUAUAUUCAUACA